AUGUCAUUCGAAAAAGAAGCGUCAUCUGAUGUAGUAUUUUGUAAAUGUUGUUGCUCGAAACGACAAAAAUGUGGAAUGCUAUCAGUUGCAAUUACAGGAUUGGUCCUCAGCAUCGUCGGAGGAUUGCUCUAUCUUUUCUACCAUCUUAUCUUUAAUGCUGUUGUGAAAGAACAAACAAAAAUAAGAGAAGGAACUUUAUUAUACCCGGAAUGGGUAAAACCUUCUCAAAAAGUAUAUGUUGGUUUUUAUUUGAUGAACAUCACAAAUGCGGAAGAAUUUGCCGCUCAAAAACCAGGCAAUUUUGUCAAACCUAUUAUAGAGCAGAAAGGUCCAUACACGUACAGGGCUUACAUCGAAAAGGAUCGAAUUCAACCACUCGACGUUUUCCCGAAACAAAUCAGCUAUCGUCAAACGUUUCCUCUUUAUUUUGAGCCUGAAUUAACUGUCGGAUCAGAGGAUGACUGGAUAACUACAAUCAAUUUCAUUCCUUUGGCGCUGGGUCCCUUUUUUAAGUAUGUUUUGUCUUCUCCCGAAGCGGAAAAUGUCACCAAUAUUCAAAAAGCAGCAAUUUAUCGGACAUUGAAUAGACUUAUUGAAGACGCGAAUUCAACAUUGAUAACUAAAUAUAAAGCUGGUGAAAUGCUUUUUGGAGUUCGAGAUCCCCUACUUACAUCGAUUAUUGAUGUGAUAAACGUUGUUCUGAAUCAGACGAGUCUUUCACAUUUGGUGCCAAUUUCUGACUUAUUUGGUUUAUUCUUAAUACCGAAUUCCACUGCAGGUUGGCAUCAUUUCAACGCGUACACCGGAGAACCGGAUUAUCAUUUAACCAAUAUGAUCACCUUAUAUGAUAACCAGACAGAGCUGGAUUUUUGGUUUGACAAAACUUGCAACAUGAUAAAUGGCACAGAUGGAACCACGCGUCCUCCAUUUUCACGAAGAGAGGAUAUUAUCUAUCACUACUUUCCAAACGCAUGCAGGUCAACUUAUGUAAAAUAUACGAAAGAUGUUACUGUAAAAGGAGUACCCGGAUGGGAAUAUAGGCCGCCCCCUGAGAUGUUCAAGGCGCCGAGAUCAUCAGAGGAAAAUAAAUGUUUCUGUGAAGAAUCAGACGACAGUAACUACUGCAUUCAUGAUGGAGGAUUAUAUAUGGCUCAGUGUUUAUUUGGUGCUCCUCUGAUGAUUAGUGCGCCUCAUUUCUUGCAUGGCGAUGGAUUUUAUCUUGACAAAAUUAUUGGAAUGAAACCUGAUUAUGAAGAGCAUACUUCAUCGUUUGUUUAUGAAGAGCAUACUGGUGCAGCAAUUAUGGCUACAAAGAAACUUCAAUUUAACCUUUACGUACAGCCUGAUGAAAAUAUAAAAAUCUCACAAAUUAUGGAUGAAUAUUGGGCAUUUCCAAUUAUGUGGGUGAAUGGGACUUACACCAUAAACGACGAAGAUGCGGAGUUAUUAUAUGGUCUUAUCGUUAUAUCUGAGAUUGUUGUCAUCGUCGUUGAAAUCUUGAUGUUCAUAACCGGUGUUGGACUGCUUGUCUAUGUUUCCCGCUAUUAUGUCUUCGUUUAUAAAAAGGUCAGAACUUAUGAAAUUCAUGACAAGGAGCAAGAAGAAAGUACAAGUUCUAAAAGUUCAAAAAAAGAAAGUGUGUACAAAUUCACAAACGGAGCUUACAAUACUUACAAUGCCGAUGAAGACAAAAAAGAAAUGUUGUGAUUUACAAAUGAACUAUUAUCGACUAACAUAAACUUUUUUGUUAUUUUUUAUUUUUUGUUACGUUAUCUACUCUCGCCUUCUUGGUUUGCGCAGAUUAAAAUAUUUCAAAGAAGGCUAUGCCUUCAUUCUAUGCACUCGCUUUAAUUCUUUUAAGUUUGUAUUUAAAAAAAACAGUCAAAUA